AUGGAUACGCAUCUUCUCUCCACUCUCCUACUUUUGGUCAUUCUCACAGUCAGUGCAGUUGAUAGUGAAGAAGACACAGAAACCCUGUUCUGUCUUGAGCACCAAAAAGCUUUUGAAGGCUCCUGCUAUGAGUUUGUGACCCUGCAGCGCAGCUUCGUCGAAGCUCAAACUUGGUGUGAGCGUGGUGGUGGACAUUUGGCCUUCAUCCGGAAUGAUGAGAUGCAACAGUUUCUCCAGAGAUAUUUGCAAUCAGAGCAGGACUGGUGGCUAGGACUCGCACCUGCCUCCUUCAACCUCAGCAUGGGCUCCACUGCCACAGAAGGUUCCUUGUCCUGGCUGGAUGGAUCUGAUGUGAGUUACCCUAACUGGCUCCGUGAACCUGAAUUUGGAGAAGCAUGUGGUUACAUUUUGAAGAACUCUGGAUUUCAAUGGGCAUCAACCAAAAACUGUAGCCAAGAGUUCCACUUUAUCUGCGAGUUUGAGUCAGGACAUGCUCUAGCCUGUUUGGGACAUAACGCCACGCUACAGUGUGGGUCUGGUCAGGUUAUAGAGAUUGAUGACAGCUUCUAUGGCAGGAAGACUCUGCACUACUGCAGGGCCAGACACACUGUGCCUCAUACAUCCAUACAGGAGGAGUGCAGCUGGGUCGACAUGGUGGAUACGGUGUCGGAGCACUGCCAUGGGUUGCAGGUAUGCCAGGCUGUAGCCAAGGGAGCAUUGUUUGGAGAACCUUGCCCAGGACUAGGAAGUUAUUUAUCAGUGGAUUAUCACUGCAAAGAUGGUCUUCACCUGCUGAUUAACAAGCAAGCUGCUGUCUUUGAUAAUGUCACCUUAUCCAUAAAGUGGUUGCUCCACCCUUUUCAAGGAAAUCUCACAUGCACCUUGAAUGCCGGUGAUGGACACACCAUUGACCCCUACAUGCCUGAAGAGUUACAGAGUAAUGUAGUGCACAGGUACCAAGAUGCUGGAGUCUACACUGUUACAGUGGAGUGUAGCACCAGCGAGUGGCACGUGACAGCUCAGAAAACCAUUACCGUCCAAGAACCUGUUGGGGAAUUUUGCAAAAUUGUGUGUCACAGCUCAAACCAGACAACAGACAAUGAGACCUGUAAAGGUCUUAAACACCAUGUACUGAGAAUCCAAGUGCAGCUCAGUGCUGGUACGAACGUCACAUACAAAAUCCAACAUGGGGUCACUGAGCUUGCCAACUCUUCUGAAGUCAGAGGGAUCGUUCCUCACAACAUCACUAUCCCUCAAAAAGCUUUACAGCUUUUGGGCUUGGGAUGCCAUCAACUUACUCUCCUGGCCUCCAAUGGAGUGACAGCUCCAGAUGUUUCUACUACUCUGGAACUUUGCGUGAUGGAGCCAGUAGACGGUCUUCAGGUCUCUGUGGCAUCAAAACAAGACCUGUGCUCAGACUCAGCUCUAUAUUUUAAUGUCUCUCUGGAACAUGGUGCUCCAGUGGACGUGCUCUUUCUGGUGUCUGGGGAUAAUGACAGCUUCUCUGAAACCCAUCACAUGUUCAAUGGGAGUUUACAGAUGUUCAGGGUUUCCAGCAAAAUAGAAGGUGCUGUUAAUAUUGCUGUCAGGGCAUGGAACUUGUUUUCGUCAGUGGAAGUGGAUGCCGGAGACACACUUUUGGAUUGCCAGGUGGACAACUUGACAAGAGAUCAUAUGGGAGAGCAAAGUGGCAAUAACCUGAUGAUCACAGCCAACCCAGAGAGCCCAGUCAUAGGCGCGAGUAGCGUAAUGUUGGACAUUACUGGCCUAAAUGGAAAUGCUAAACUUUACACAUUUGCCUGGAACUGCAGUGGAUCUUGUCCUUGUAAUGUCAGUACUCAGACUCAAACCCACCAGAUAAAUGCUACUUGUCUCCCUCCACCGUACAGCUUUUCAGUCUACUCUGUGACUGCUACAAAAGCAACAGGGCAGCCAGAGGAACAGACAGCAAGAAAAUGCAUCUCUGUGUCCUCAGGGAAUGAUUUCAAUCCAGUCAUUACAUGUUCCAACUGCAACCCAGUGAAUGUCGAUGCAAAGGUUAAGUUGCAGUUGCAGUGUGAAGGCUGUCAGCAAAUUGUUUGGUACUUUGAGGACACAAACCCUGUACCUGAUGUUUUGAGUUUCUGCUAUUCUGAAAAAGGACAGAAGGUACUGGUGAAACAGAAGGAAGGUGGCAGCUCUUUCAUAAUUGAAAGUGCAACUCUAGUCAAUGCACAGCAGAACAUAAAUGUUGUCGCUUAUGGUAUAAGAGAUGGCUUAUCUGGAUCAACUCAAUUCACCAUCCCAAUAUUUGGUGCCUCAUCUACUUUGUUCCCAACAUUACUACCUGAUAAGUCUACUAUGACCACUUCCAGUAUUCCCUUUAGUUCUCCCACCAUUAUGAUUACUAAUACCCUGCGAGACGUUUUCCAUCCGCCAUCCUGUAACAUUAACCCCACUGUUGGAGACAUUUUGUCUCCCUUCAACAUCACGUGCACUGUGGCUCCUUCAUUCUGCAAAGCUGGACCCUGCAUGUACUGCUUCAGAACAUCCAAUGAUGACUACUUGUAUUGUGGCCAUAACCAGACAGCGGAGUCACUCUUUCUCCCUGUGGGGAGUGACGCUAACUACAGCCUGGUUGUUGCGAUCAUUGUUGAGAAUGUGGCAGGACAGAAGAUUAACACAACCUUAUCAGUCCAGGUAAAUGAUGCUAGUAUUGGGCCGACAGUGGGGGAUCUGCAGAGCUUUGUGUCCAAACAGGUGGAUCAGCUGUUGCAGCUUGGGAAGCUGACAGGGGCAACACUAGCCCAGAUGUUCCAGUCUGUAUCUAACAGGCUGAACAAGGACACAGCCGAGGGCCAAGAACAAGAUGCAAAGAUGAAGCUACGAGAGCAGAUGCUGUUAGACCUGGGUACAGCUGUGAAUGCUGCCCCCCUCAGGAACCCUUCAGAAGUGCAAAAGACAGCUGACGCUGUAGUGGGCCUCACUACACAGAGUGAAGAGCUGACAUCUACAGCUCAGCUAGAGGCAAGCUCAUUAUUGUCAAACCUCAGUAUGUCCCUGGUCUCUCUUACCCUCUCUGAGGGGGAUGACAAAGAAAUAACAAGGCAGGCGGUCACACCCAUCAUUCAGGCCGCCAGUAACAUUCUCAAAGUUUCUGCCAGUCCAAACCAGCAGGAAAUCAUUUCAGAAAACUUGCUAAAUGCAGCGGACAACAUACAAAGUGCACUGCUGGCUGGGGCAAGCAUAGACCAAGAACCCAUCAUCAUUAGCACCUCUGAGAUCAGUGUGUACGUAAACAGAAUGUCACCACUGGCACUUCAGAAACAGUCCUUCAGUAUUGAAGACGACAGCUCGGCCAGUUUUGUGCUCCCAUCUUUGGGUCCUAAUGUGCUGCAUUUUGAAGAGCCGGUGGAUGUGCGGAUGCUUAAUUUUGCAUUAAACCCUUUCCCAUGGAGGGAAGGUGAGCCCAUAAAUGGAGUGGUUGCAUCUUUAUCCAUCACCCGAGAGAAUGGUUCUGUUAUCCCAGUAUCAAACCUUAGUGAGGAGAUUGAAAUUAUCUUACCAAGACCAGAGGUUGAAGUUAACAGUACAUUUCUGGAUCUGGGGAACUACAGUACCUUAGUCAUUAAUGUGACGACUCCAAACAUAUCUCUAGUUUUGAAAUUGGACCCCUCUGAAGAGAUACCUUUACAUUUACUCCUGGGUUUUGAACACUACCCAAACAACACUCACUACAAGACCACAAUUCAGCUUCCUCAAGCAGGAAAUUCAACAGAAGAAAGGUAUGCAUGGGUGCUGGACCACAGGAAUAUACCACUUGAAGUCGGGAUGUACUAUCUUCUGGUGAGGCCUAUUGGCCAAGCAGGUGUAAACUCCUCGAAUGCCACAGUGUACGUCACAUCGAUAGCUGCUCAGUGUAAGUACUGGGAUGAGACUGAAACCAACUGGAGUGACUAUGGCUGCAGGGUUGGACCUCGUACCACAGCAGUGCUUACUCAAUGCCUUUGUACCCAUUUGACAUUUUUUGGGAGUUCCUUCUUUGUUAUGCCCAAUCUGGUUGACGUGUCCCGCACUGCGGAACUUUUUGCCACGUUCGUCAAUAACCCUGUGGUGGUGUGUUUUGUGGGUGCCAUUUUCCUUGUCUAUCUCAUAGUUGUGGUUUGGGCACGAAGAAAGGACAUCCAAGAUACAGCAAAGGUGAAAGUCACAGUGCUAGAGGACAAUGAUCCCUUAGCUGAAUAUCGCUACUUAUUGACCAUCAGCACUGGGCAUCGCCGAGGAGCUUCUACAUCCUCUCAGGUUACAGUGACUCUAACGGGCUCUGAGGGAGAGAGUGAGCCCCAUCAUUUAAUUGAUCCAGACAAGCCGGUAUUUGAGAGAGGAGGAAUGGACAUGUUCCUCCUCACCACGCCUUUCUCACUUGGAGAGCUGCAGAGCAUCAGAUUAUGGCAUGAUAAUUCUGGGAAACAUCCUGCCUGGUAUGUUAAUAAGGCGAUGGUCCAAGACCUGGAGACAGGGCAAAAGUGGCAUUUCUUAUGUAGUUCAUGGCUGGCCAUUGAUGUAGGAGAGUGCACCCUGGACAAAGUGUUUCCUGCAGCAACAGAGCUGGACUUAAAAAGGUUUAGCAAUCUGUUCUUUAUGAAAACCACCAAGGAUUUCCAAGAUGGUCACAUUUGGUUUUCGGUGAUCAAUCGGCCACCGAAUAGUAACUUCACUCGAGUGCAGCGUGUUUCAUGCUGUUUUUCUCUGUUGCUCUGCACCAUGCUGACCAGCAUCAUGUUCUGGGGGAUUCCCACUGACCCCUCUGAGCAGACCAUGGAUCUGGGUAAGAUUGAGUUUACCUGGCAGCAAGUGAUGAUUGGAAUCCAGAGCUCUAUUAUUAUGUUCCCCAUCAACCUUCUUAUUGUGAGCAUCUUCAGAAAUGUCCGACAAAGGGAACGAAGAACAGAUCAAACUCCUAAACAGUAUAAGACUGAUUCUGUUAAGCAAGCAAAAACAGGACAGGUGUCGCCAACCCAACUUCCUUCUCCACAGAGUGACCAUAGGGAGAUCACACCAGAUGCUGUAAUAAAGGACAUCAGAAGGAUAGCCCAAUCACUCUCCAAGGCUCUGAGGAGCCCCAUGCCAAGGAUAGACCCUGAGAAAAUGGAUAUCAAUGCUCUCCUAUCACUAGUCGAAGAUAUUAUUUGUCAGCAGAACCGUGCAGGAGGCGAGUUUUACUCUGAUGCCUCCAAAAAGGAGCUUGCUGUAUCUCUCGGGGCUGUAAAUCUGCAUGAGAGGAGUCCUGAACAGAUGCCAAAAGAGAAACAUAGUAUCUACAGGCAGUAUCUCUACAAACAACUCCAGAAUGUGGAGAAAGAGUUGAGGCUGCUGGGUCCUUCCCAAUUCUCUAAACCAGAGAGCUACAUUCAGGCAGUGCUGCAGGUUCAGGGCAUGAAAAGAUUGCUAGAACCAUAUCUCUCCUCCAGCUCCAAUAGAGACCAGGUAUCCUGCAGCUCCAGUCUGGGGGAGGACCAUGGAGGUGAUAAGAAGUGCUGUCAGAAAGGCUUGCCCUGGUGGUUUGUGUUUGUUGGCUGGAUUCUUGUUGUAGCCACUAGUGGAGUGUCAGCAUAUUUCACCAUGAUGUAUGGACUGACUUACGGAACAGACCGCUCUAUUAGCUGGCUCAUUUCUAUGGUUGUGUCUUUUUUCGAGAGCAUCUUCAUUACCCAGCCUAUGAAGGUGCUUGGAUUUGCUGUCUUCUUUGCUCUGGUUCUAAAGAAAGUUGAUCAAGAAGAAUAUGGAGAUGUUCCAAUUGAGGGUGCUCUAUCAAGUACAGAUAACCCUGAUGGCAUAUGCAUUGCCAGGAGGGACAGCACAUGCAGUUUCUAUCAGCCUCCUCCUCCCUCUGAUAUUGAGAAGAUGAGGAACAACAUGAUCAAAGAACAGAAAGUCUUUGCACUCAUCAGGGAGAUUCUCAUUUAUGUGGGGUUCCUCUGGAUGCUGCUCCUGGUGGCUUAUGGUCAGCGAGAUCCCAAUGCUUACUACCUCACUCAGCACAUUCAACAGAGUUUCAGGAACGGCAUUGCUGACAGUAUGAACUACAAAGAUGUGUUUACCUGGGCAAACACCACCCUCCUAAAUAAUAUUUUUGGACGACAACCAGGCUUCAUCACAGAUGGAAAUUCGAAGCUUGUAGGCGAUGCCCGACUCCGACAGGUUCGAGUGCACAAGGAUUCCUGCAGGACCUCCAGCUUCAUGAGUCAUUUCAUUCAUGACUGCCAUGCUCCAUACUCUUGGGAUGUGGAGGACAUGGGGUCCUAUGGUCCAAGCUGGAACCGAUCAACAGAUGUAAAUGUGUCUAAGAGUCAGCUCAUGCCAUGGCGGUACCAAACCCAGUCCAGACUCAGGGCGCACCCUAUCUGGGGUGGGGUGGCUUUCUACAGAGGUGGGGGCUUUGUUGUGGACCUGGGGUCGAACAAACAAAAUGCAAGCAGUUUGCUUCAGUACCUUUUAGACAACAUCUGGGUGGACAAAUACACUCGUGCUAUCUUUGUGGAAUUCACAGUGUAUAAUGCUAAUGUCAACCUCUUCUGUAUCGUCACGCUGAUGUUCGAGACCACAGCAGUGGGAGCAUUUCAGUAUCGCAGUGAUCUCCAAAGUGUCCGCCUUUAUCAGUCAACUGGUGGUUUUCAUAUUUUCAUGAUGGCCUCCGAGGCCACCUAUUUUCUCUUCAUUCUUUAUUACAUGUUUCAGCAGGGCAAGCUUCUGAAACAGCACAAGUGGGAAUACUUCAGGAGCAAGUGGAAUCUUUUGGAGCUAGCCAUCAUUAUUUUAAGCUGGAGUGCACUGUGUGUUUUUAUCAAAAGGAAACUGUUGGGCAUCCGGGACAUUGAGUACUAUCAAAACCACAAAGACCAACAUGCUAGCUUCCACGAGACUGCCGCAGCAGAUGGAGUUCUUGGAUACCUUGUAGCUUUCCUGGUUCUGCUGGCUACGGUCAAACUGUGGCACCUGCUGCGCCUCAACCCGAAACUGCAAAUGAUCACAGCGACAUUGCGUCGGGCGUGGAACGACAUCUCUGGCUUCAUCAUCGUCAUGACAAUUAUGUUCUUGGCUUACUCCAUUGCUUGUAAUUUAAUGUAUGGUUGGAAGCUUUAUUCAUACCACACUCUUCUACAUGCUGCCAAGACCAUCGUAAGCUUACAACUGGGGAUCUUCAACUAUGAGGAAGUUUUACAUUACAAUCCUGUUCUUGGUGCAUUCAUCAUCGGUUCUUGCAUCAUCUUCAUGACGUUUGUGGUUCUGAACUUAUUUAUAUCCGUUAUCCUGGUGGCAUUUUCUGAAGAACAGAUCCACCAUAAGCCAUCUGAAGAAGAGGAAAUUGUGGAUCUGAUGCUGAUGAAGAUAUGCAGCCUUUUGGGAAUCAAGGUUAAGAAGAACCAGUUGCCUGAGGAACCAAGAGCAACACCUUUUGCCAUCUCAUAA